AUGGUUCCUUUCCAAGUCCCUAUGCUCACCAAGAACAACUAUGAUAAUUGGAGCAUCAAGAUGAAGGCCCUCCUUGGAUCACAAGAUGUGUGGGAAGUGGUAGAGAAAGGCUACAAUGAGCCACAAGAAGGAGUUCAUCUAUCCCAAGCUCAAAGGGAUAGCUUGAAGGAUUCAAGAAAGAGAGACAAGAAAGCUCUCUAUCUCAUCUAUCAAGGAUUGGAUGAAGAUGCUUUUGAGAAGAUUUCGGAGGCAGCCACCACAAAGGAAGCAUGGGAGAAGCUACAAACCUCUUACAAGGGUGCUGAGCCAGUCAAGAAGGUACGUCUUCAAACUCUAAGAAGUGAGUUUGAAACUUUACAUAUGAAAGAUGCCGAAAAUUCGAAAUUCAAUCAUAUUGUCACUGUCAUAGAAGAAACAAAAGAUUUGGAAGCCAUGACAAUAGAGCAACUCUUGGGCUCCUUACAAGCAUAUGAGGAUAAACAAAAGAAGAAGCAAGGGGUUGGCGAACAAUUACUCAAGACACAACUCAACUUCAAAGAAAAGGAAGAAGACUUUGGUAACACAAGAGGACGAGGAGAAUAUCGUGGUCGAGGAAAAGGUCGUGAACGUGGAAGAGUAGGCUUCAACAACCACUAUGCCAAUGAAGAUCGAAGAGAGAGCUCAACAAGAGGUCGUGGAAGAGGUGUCUCGCAACCAAGACGUGACAAGUCUCAAAUCAAGUGCUACAACUGUCAAAGGUUCAGCCAUUAUGCUUAUGAAUAUAGAACUCCUACAAGAAAAAUUGAGGAGAAGGUGAACUAUGUGGAGGAAAGGAGUCAAGAAGAUGACACUCUGUUGAUGGUACACAAUGACAAUGUAGGAGAACAAGAGAAUACAUGGUAUCUAGACUCGGGGGCAAGCAAUCCAGAAUCAGAAUUCGAUAUCCAAAAUGAAUUCGAGUCAGAGAAAUCAGAGACUAUGGAAGAAGAAAAAGAACAUCAAGCUGAAACUGAAGCUGAAGCUGAUAAAAUUGAUGAUAUGGAAGAAGAUACAAAAGAUGCUGAGUGGAUAAAUAAAUCCGAUUUGAUGAAAGAACAUGAAGUAAAAAGAGGAGGAGAAGGUGACAGCAAGCGUAGUGGUGAUCCUAUCGACGUCAAUGAUGAUGAUGAGGAACGUGAGGAAGAAGAGGAGAAUAAAGCAGUACUAACACUGCCAGAAUCAAAGAUAGAACCCCAAAGAAAUUUCAUUUUGGAUGAAACAAUGACAACCAAGAAAAAGCAUAUAACAACUGAAGAAAUGAAAGUUGAAGGCGUAUUCUUUAGAAAUGUUGACGACUCAUAA